AAAAAUUGUUCAUCGCUCGGUUUCUCAAAUCGAUGGGCACCCUUUUCAAUUCUUGACCCUAUUUCGUUUCUGGAACAUCUCUUCUUCUUUCAUGGAGGUUCCUGGAAUGGAUGAGGUCAAAAAGGCCGAUAACUACACUACAUCAGCUUCGGCUUUCGUAGAAGGCGGAAUUCAGGAAGCCUGUGAUGAUGCUUGUAGCAUAUGCCUCGAGGCCUUCUGCGACAGGGAUCCUUCCACGGUGACUCUCUGCAAGCAUGAGUUCCACCUUCAAUGCAUUCUUGAAUGGUGUCAGAGAAGCUCCAACUGUCCAAUGUGUUGGCAAUCCAUCAGCCUGAAAGAUCCCGACAGUCAAGAGUUGCUCGAAGCCGUAGAACGCGAGAGAGAUAUUCGGCUUAGUCCAUCAAGAAAUACCACCAUAUUUCACCACCCCACCUUUGGGGACUUUGAGUUGCAGCACUUACAAGAUUUGGCAGCUGCUGCUAUAAGGAGGACCCACCGCAUAGUGGGAGUUAAUGAUCCUGAAGUAGAGAGCCGUAUUAUACAAGAUUUGGCAGCUGCUGCUGCUAAUAGAAGGGCCAACCGCAUUACCCGGAGGGAGGGCUCAUCUGCCUAUACCCGUCCACAGUUCGUGGUUUUCUCGGCAAAUCCUAAUGCAUCUUCUGCUAAUCCCAUUUCGACGUCCACAGCUCCUGCUGCAGUUGAAACACAAUCACCUGUAACAACUUUGAACAAUCCAUCACAUGCUCUAAUGUCCUCUGUGCCGAGCAGUCAAAUUCCAAGUAGCCGCCAAACAAUGGCUAAUGCCAAUAGCUAUGUAAGUGAAUCAUUGUCACCAAAUCUCGACAAUGCGGGACCCUCGGAGCUGCAGUCCUUUUCAGACAAUUGGAAAUCUCGUCUGAGUGCCAUGUCAAUGAAAUACAAAGAUUCGAUUUCGAAAAGUACGAGAGGAUUGAAGGAGAAGUUGUUUUCUCGAAACUCAUCCAUGGCGGAUAUCGGGUGUGAGGUUCGGAGAGAAGUGAAUGCUGGAAUCGCCACUGUGUCCCGCAUGAUGGAGCGUCUUGAGACUAGGGACAAUGGUAAUGAGUAUGGUCCUAACGAGACUCGAUCGAGUCGAAAUACUAAUGCUGCUUCAUUUUCUUCAAGCUCAAGUUGA